CCCGCGGGGGCGCUCGGCUCCCGGUCUCCGCCGACCGCGCGGAGGGAGGUGCCGACCCGCAGGGAGGAGGCGAAAGGGUGGGGAUAUUGUCCCCUUCAACAUCGUCAUCUGGUGGAAAGACUCAAGUCAGACCUGGAUUCCAUCUAGACUCAAUUACUUACUACCAUGAAGCCUUGAAUAAUUUCACUGAUGAAGAGCCUUCCUGUGUGAAGAGGGAAAUAAUCCUUACUUGGUAGUGCCAUUUGGAAGGCUCUAUUUUCUCCAGACACUGCCCUUCUCCCAGAGAGGAGCCUGAAGGAGGAGGACAGAAGAGCUGUCAUAAAUUCUUAAAUUCUUAAAGCCAUGUCCAAGGAUUUGGUGACAUUUGGGGAUGUGGCUGUAGAUUUCUCUCAAGAGGAGUGGGAAUGGCUGAACCCUGCUCAGAGGAAUUUGUACAGGAGGGUGAUGUUGGAGAACUACAGGAGCCUGGUAUCACUGGCAGGAGUUUCCGUUUCUAAGCCAGAUGUGAUCUCAUUACUGGAGCAAGGAAAAGAGCCCUGGAUGGUGAAGAAGGAGGGGACAAGAGGCACAUGCCCUGAUUGGGAGUAUGCAUUUAAAAACAAUGAAUUUUCAUCAAAGCAAGUUAUUUAUGAAGAAUCAUCCAAAGUAGCGACAAUGGGAAGAAGCCAUCUUAGUUAUAGCCUUGACUGCACCAGUUUGAGAGAAGACUGUAAAAGUGAGGACUGGUUUAAGAACCAGUUGGGAAGUCAGCAAGUACAUUCUAGUCAAUUGAUCAUCACUCAUAAAGAAAUCCGCACUGAAGAUCAAAGUAAUGAAUAUACUAAAUCUUGGCAAACUUUCCAUCAGGAUGCAAUAUUUGCUAUAAAACAGAGUUUUCCCACCAAAGGAAGAGUACAUAAGCAUGAGCCACAAAAGAGAAGUUACCAAAAAAAAUCUGUUCAAAUGAAACAUAAGAAAGUCUAUGUAGAAAAGAAACUUUUGAAAUGUAGUGAAUGUGAGAAAGUUUUCAACCAGAGCUCAUCUCUUACUCUUCAUCAGAGAAUUCAUACUGGAGAGAAACCCUAUGCAUGUGUCGAAUGUGGGAAAACCUUCAGCCAGAGUGCGAACCUAGCUCAACAUAAGAGAAUACAUACUGGAGAGAAACCUUAUGAAUGUAAAGAAUGUAGGAAAGCUUUCAGCCAGAAUGCACACCUUGCUCAACAUCAGAGAGUUCAUACUGGAGAAAAACCUUAUCAGUGUAAAGAAUGUAAAAAAGCCUUCAGCCAGAUUGCACAUCUGACUCAACAUCAGAGAGUUCAUACUGGAGAGAGACCUUUCGAAUGUAUUGAAUGUGGAAAGGCCUUUAGUAAUGGUUCAUUUCUUGCUCAACAUCAGAGAAUUCAUACAGGAGAGAAACCUUAUGUAUGUAAUGUGUGUGCAAAAGCCUUUAGCCAUCGUGGAUACCUAAUUGUACAUCAGAGAAUUCAUACCGGAGAGAGACCCUAUGAAUGUAAGGAAUGCAGGAAAGCCUUCAGCCAGUAUGCACACCUUGCUCAACAUCAGAGAGUUCAUACUGGAGAAAAACCUUAUGAAUGUAAAGUAUGUAGGAAAGCCUUCAGCCAGAUUGCAUACCUUGAUCAACAUCAGAGGGUUCAUACUGGAGAGAAACCCUAUGAAUGUAUUGAAUGUGGGAAGGCCUUCAGCAAUAGUUCAUCACUUGCACAACAUCAGAGAAGUCAUACUGGAGAAAAACCUUAUAUGUGUAAGGAAUGUAGGAAAACAUUUAGCCAGAAUGCAGGCCUUGCUCAACAUCAGCGAAUUCAUACUGGAGAGAAACCUUAUGAAUGUAAUGUUUGUGGGAAAGCCUUUAGCUAUAGUGGAUCUCUUACUCUACAUCAAAGAAUUCAUACUGGAGAGAGACCCUAUGAAUGUAAGGAUUGCAGGAAAUCUUUCAGGCAGCGUGCACACCUUGCUCAUCAUGAGAGAAUUCAUACUAUGGAGUCAUUCUUGACUUUUUCUUCUCCCUCACCCUCCAUGUCCAGUCAGCUGCCAAGACCUGUAGGUUUUAUCUCCUGAAUAUGCCCUGAAUCUGACUCCUUUAAUCCAUUUCCAUUCCAUCAUCUUUUUCCAAUACACAGUAAUCUAUUUGACAUGGACUAUGGAAAUAGCUUUCUAAUUGGUCUCCCUGUACUUACCAUUUCCUUUGCCAGUUGUCCACAUUGCAGCCAAACUUGUAGUUAAAAACAGUUUGAUAAUAUCAUUUCUCCCUCAUUAAAACCCCUCAUUGGCAUCCCAUAGUUCUUAGGUUAAAGCACACAUUCCUCAGAAUAGCCUAGAAGAUCACCCCUCCCAAUACCUUGUUCCAGUCUUCCUUCCAAAGCCCUAUCUCAUGUCAGUAUCUAUCUCGUUCUUUAGAUACUUAUCCAGAAUUAAGAAAUCAUAUUCCAGCAUCAAAUAGGUCUGAGUUCCAAUCCUUGCUCUUCCAUUUUCUAGCCCUCUGGUUUUGGAGAAA